AUGGUCGCUCCUUUAAGGGAUGUAAUUGACAUGAGACCUCCUGAGGUGCAAGAAAAUGUCAAUGAUGUGGUGAUUGACAUUUGCAAGAAACUUACCCUUAUGGAAUAUGUCCAUCAGGUUUUAGAGAGGAGGGACGAUGUCGAGGAUGAUGAUGAAGAGGAUGAUGAUGAUGAGGAAGAUGAUGACGAGGAAUAUGAAGAUAAGAAGCAAGUUGAUGCUGUGAUGAAAAAUGUCGAGGGAGGUGGUGAGGACGGAGGCAUGGGGGAUGGUCAGGAUAACACUGAUGCUGGAGGACCAGCUCGUACUCAGAGUUACCAUGUCAAUGAUAAGGAGGAGUGUGAUGGGUAUAAGACAUCUAGCUCCAGUGACACCGCGCCACAUGACACCGAAGCCAAAGAAGUGAAGAAAAGUCGUUCUCGCCGCCACCGCAAACCGACCUCUAAACGAACUAAGGUUCAACUUGCAAAGAGUCACUCCGUGAAGGUGACCUCAUUCGAGAAGGUCCUUCUCCAGUUCAUUAGGGAGGGUAAAGAGAAGGAGAGGUGA